AUGGCUCUUCGUCCAUUAGUUGACUUGGGUAUUGAAGAUGUCGACUGUGGAGUCCAUGUUAGAGUUCUGCGCAAAUGGGCUGUCAAGAAAAGAGGGACCAAAGAAGCUGUUUUUGUUAACAUGAUCAUUGUUGAUGCUUAUGGAUAUCAAAUGGAAAUUGUUAUUCAUAAGAUCUUGAUCCCAAGGUUUGAUCGACUCAUUAAGGAAGGCAGCGUGUACUAUUUCGGUCAGUUCUUGGUUCAGAGGAACACUACCAGCUUGACAAUUUCCUUUCCACUGAAUCUGAAGUUGGGACAGUGCUCACAAUCACUUCUGUUUAUGUGCAUAAGAGAGUUCUUUUUUUCUUCCUCAUGUGCCUCUAAGAUGCACUGCAAUCUGCACUAUCCUCCUGGCCAUGCUUUGCUCGAUUUCAGUAGCGGUAGUGGUGUUCCUCGCAGUGAUGGGGAAAUCUGCCAGAGUCUCAUUGUACCAAGUUCUAUCAAAUCGAUGGAAGCUUUGAAUGCUGCUGGUCCAUUUAAGGGUCUGACUUUCAAAAUAGAAGCAGAGGUCACUCAAGUGGAUGCUUAUUGGUCUGAUCGACAAGAUUCUUUUAUAGUUCAGCUCCUGGUGAAAGAUGGCAAAGAUGGUUGUGCUUUAAUCUUCAAAAGUAAUGUCUUUUGGUCAAUCACAGACUCAAUUUUUGAGAGUGCAGCUCAGUUUCAGAGGUCAGGUUUCGAGGUCAACCUGAAGUCCUUGAGGGGCAAGAUGUUUCAGUUCCUGGUGAAAGUUGUGCCUCAUUUUUAUAAACCUGGAGGAGUCCACUUUGAGGUUGUGAAAAUCUUCCGUGGCUGA